CGACCUUGAAAGAUAUCCCCGGCCUGAUUUGACUCUCUCUACAUCUCCAAUCGGUCUCAAACACCACUACCAAUCAAACUUUCCUCUUACUAUCCUCUGCCAAACUUCAACCUUCCUCCGGAGCAGCUCUAUCCAUACCUCCGAUCUAACUCUUACCCACUACAUCAAUUACACCUCAGCAACACCCUUACCAACCGACCACCAACAACUCCAUUCACUCAACCACGAAAAACCCACCAUGCCGACCAAAACGCCCUCCCAAUCCGACUUCCCCUCACACCUCACCCUCACCCUGACCCCUCCCCCGCCAUCCACAUCCACAUCCACAUCCACCUCCUCAACACGCCCCCCUCCGAACGUCCUAAUCCUCCUGCACGGCCUCGGCGACUCCGCCCCCGCAUUCACCAAUUUCGCGCGCGCCCUCAACCUCCCGGAGGCCCUCAUCCUGACGCUCCAAGCCCCCUCCCGCCUCCCCCUCGACCUCCCGGGUUUCCACUGGGGCGACGACAUCUCAUUCGACACCAGCACGGGCGGACUAGACAUGGACGCGGGGUUCGCGCGGGCCACAAAGACACUAGUGCACGAGGUGGUGCGGGACACGCUCGUGUCGAAAUGCGGGUAUGCGCUGCGUGAGAUCCUGAUCUUGGGGUUCGGACAGGGCGGGAUGCUAGGGCUACUCGGGGCGAGGGAGCUGGCGGGGGAGCUGGCGGGUUCGGUGGGGGAGAAGAAUCGGACGCCGGUGCUGGUGGUUGCGGGGAGGGAGUCUGUCGCUGUGAGUGAGGGCGCGGUGCGUAGGACGCAGGGCGUGUUUGAGUUUGUGGAGGUGAGGCGCUAUGCGAGGAGGGAUGAUGGCAUGCCGAGGAAUCGGGAGGAGAUGAUGCCGGUGAUGCAGUUCUUUGCGAGACGGUUGAGGAGCUGGAAGGGGGUUCCGGAGGGGAGUGUGGAGAUUACGGCUACGUGA